CCGCCCUCUCCGGCCCGGAAGCGGCUGUUGCAUGCACGGCGUGCGGCGGGCGGCGCUGGCGGCGCUGGCUCGGGCCGGGGAGGACGCGCCGGGAACGGGCCCGGGGCUGGGCCGCGCUGCCGCCCGCCUGCUGCCGCUGCCGCUGCCCGGCGGGGCGGCCCGGCCCGAGCACACAGGCUGGAGCGAUGCGGUGGCGGCCGCCGCCGGGGCCCUGCGGGCGGGCGGGCUGGUGGCCGUGCCCACAGACACGGUGUACGGCGUGGCGGGGCUGGCCCAGGACUCCGGCGCCGUGCGGAGCAUCUACAGCCUGAAGGGGCGGAACGGGAAGAAGCCGCUGGCGAUCUGCCUGGGGGACGUGGAGCGGCUGUACAGGUACUGCCAGGUGAACGUGCCAGACGAGCUGCUGCGGGACCUGCUCCCAGGGCCCGUGACCCUGGUCUUAAAGCGUUCAGAAGAGCUAAAUAAGGACCUGAAUCCUUUCACAUCGCUGGUGGGUGUUCGGAUCCCAAACCACCCUUUCAUUAGGGAGUUGGCCCGAGCUUGCCCUGGACCACUGGCCCUGACGAGCGCCAACAUCAGCUGUCAGGCCAGCACGCUGACGGUUUCGGAAUUCCAGGAGCUGUGGCCUCAGCUGUCCUUAAUCAUCGAUGGAGGCCCCAUAGGGGACAUCCAGAGCCCCGAGUGUCGCUUGGGGUCGACUGUGGUUGACUUGUCUGUGUCGGGGAAGUUCACCAUCAUUCGUCCUGGCUGCGCACUGGCAUCUACGGUUGAAAUCCUGAGGCAGAAGUACGGCUUGAUACCAGAACCGGCUGGAGAGCCGGGGCACUGAGGAGGCUGUGGAGCUGGGCACCGUGUGCCCGCGCGGUUGGGUUGCUUUUUGUAAGGUCAACGCGUUGUGUUGAGGUUAUAAACCAAUUAUUAUACAGAAGUAUGUUUUUUAUGAGUGUAAGGAGUGAUAGCCCAGGCCAGCGAGAAUGAUAUCUCGGGCUGGAAAACCACCCCUGUAUGUAUGAUGUGUGAAUGUUGGGCCUGGGCGUGUGAAUGAGUGGGUCUGGAUGGCGCCCACGCAUGGGAACGUGACUGAAAACAGUCACAAGACAAGUCACUGUGUGUUUGGAAUAACAUUUUCUUGGUCCAGGCCUGUAUCUGUAAACCUAUGGGUUGAGAACUGUUAAUUAAAGAGGGCUCAGCUCUGCCUGGCUCUGCUCUCGCUGGUAACAAGA